CGGAAGUGUAACCACCCACUACAAAGAUGGAGGACGAUAUCUCAGAUUUGAGCAGACCACAAAUGUACUUGUUUGGUUGUACCCUCAAAUCGGACAAACGGGAGUUCAAAGUUGACGUAGACGACGAUGAUACGGAGCAACAGCUGUCACUCAAAGCAGUGUGUCUGGGAGCCGAGGCUGAGGAUAAGUUCCACAUGGUGGAAGUCGAGGGUCUCACGUAUGAUGGAAAAAGGACCAAAAUGCCACUGGUCGUCCUGAAACCGUCCGUCCUGCCCUCUAUGAGUUUAGGUGGGUUUGAGAUUACGCCUCCAGUUACCUUCCAUCUUCAGUCUGGUUCUGGACCAGUUCACAUCAGUGGGCAGCAUUUUGUCAGUGUGAAGGAUUCAGAGGAUGAAGAAGAGGAGAACAACACAUCACCGGUGAAGCGGCCUGCAAGCCUGAUGUCGGGGAAGAAGCCUCCACUGAAAAAACUAAAGAUGGAUUCUGACGAUGAUGAAGACGAAAGUGACGAGGACGAUGACGAUGAUGAUGAAGAUGAUGACAGUGAUGAAAAUGAUGUGAAGCCUCAGAAGAAUGCUGGAAAAGAGCUCAAAAAAAGCCUGGAGUCUUCAGCAAAGAAGCUCAACAAGACUCCGGUGAAACAAAAUGGCCCUGCAGGAAAACCAUCAGGAUCAGCGGUCAAACCACAGAUUAAGACACCUGUCCCAGGAAGAGACAAAGCCCAGGCUGGCCCGUCUAAAUCUCCCUCUCUGACUGAGAUUAAGAGCAAGUUGUCAACGGCAGCCAAGGAGGGAAAACCACUACCGAAGACAGAGCAGAAGUUUGAGAAUUUCGUGAGGAGUUCUUUUAAGAUCUCAGACAAAAAAGUGGUCAAGGACCUUUGGAAUUUUGUACGAACACUGAAGACUGAAAAGAAGUAACAAACCUUGUACUUUAAAGCAUUUCUAUGUUUUGCAUCCUGCAAGACAUUUAAAGGCACAGUCAGCGAGAUUUCCUACUUGGCCUUAUGAUGUCAUCAUUGCUGAGUCUGACUUGGAGUGAACAGAAGGACAGAGAGCUGAAAAUUAGUAAAGCCAUUAAUUAUUCAGGUGUCACAGAUUUUUUUUUAGAUGCGAAGCACCUCCUGAAGCUAGUUCGCAAUUCACUCACAAACUCACUCAUUCACGCUGGCAGACUGCAGAUUUUCCAUCGCGUGCCAAUCUGCACCACCUAUGGGGAAGGAAAGUAAUAGCAACAUCAAGUAGGACCUGCAGAUGUCCGUGUUGCUUUCCUGCAGGAGAGAAAUAGCUGCUGCAAUUCUAACAUUUGCGCCACCUGCAGGCAAUAAAUGUUGCACCUGCAGAUUUUUAUAGCUGCAAUAAAGAACAGAUAUGUAAACUAUUAAGUAAUGACAAAGUUGGAGCCAAAGAGAGACCAGACAGAACCGAGUGAAGUUAGUCAUUGCUGAUUUUUUUUUGGAUGGCCUCUGGGUCAUAACCUGUCUUUACACAUAAAAAAACUGCUGUGAUGUUAGCUACAGUAUCUUUUUUUUGAUACUACAUACAUUUUCAGAUUCUACACACAAGGGCUCAUCCAUGCAAAAUAUGAAUGGUCAAACAACGCCUGUAAAAACGGCAAUAACCGCAGGUGGUGCAACUGUCAAAUUACAGAAGCUGUUUCUUUCCCUGCCUGUAGAAGGUGAGAUCGGCUGCCUACAACUUACUUCAUUAAUGUGUAGUUACCGUGUGUUGCGUUGAAAAGCUGGUUUCAAACUGCAAUUUGAUGCUAUUGGCUGAGCUCGGUUUCAGGUGCUUCGCAUCCAUGACACUGUGUGUCCUCGUUAAGUCAACAAUGCAAUAGGAGAUAUUGCAGAAUGUGCCUUUAAAUAUCUCUACUGUAAACUGAGAUAAAUCAGAGUCCCAAUGUGUGUGAAUUCGAUCACUGUUAACAAGGAUGGUAAAGACGGCUGAUACAGUGGGACAGUGACAGUACAGUGUUUUGUUAUUUUAGGUUCUGUCUGGCUUUGUGAAGCAUUAUUAGCUUGCGAAACACGCUUACAGAUUGUACUAUGGAUUUGUCUGCUCCAUACAUAUUGUACAGAAAGUCGUCAGCGUAUGUAGAGAAUAAGAAGGUUUUUUUUCUUCUUAAAUUAUGUCACUCAGUUUGAUCACAGCAGCUCCUGCAGCAGAACGUGCAGUAACUGCAUUUUUUAACAACUUGGCAAACAGCACCAAGGUUUACCAUUUAUUUCCUGCAGUGAUUAAAGCAAAUCAGCAACAAGAUUCAACAGUUUAUAAACCCUUAACCUUGCUACUGUUACAUAUCUUGACCAGCUACUCUAUUGAGUAAACAAGAAAUGUUUCAUCGUGUGUUUUUACCAGCAACACACCUGACAUUUCUGGAUGAGAGCAGUAUCAUUCAUAAUGUUUUUAAUUUUAUUUUAAAUACUUUCAAUACAAAUGGAGUUAAGUUUAUAUUGGGGUCAUCUAAACUUGCAGAACCUGGACACAUUUAAGAUGGCGUUUUUUGGAGUGUGGAUUCAUAUAAAGCUAUUAACAUCUGUCGUUAUUUGAGGGGGGUACGCACGGCAUUAAAGCCAAAACUCACCUGUGGCAAACGUGAUCAUAAGAGCAUUACAGAAAGCAUUCUUAAGAGUAAUGUGAGCUCCAUAAAACCGACAGCAGAUGCCCUGACUAAAAUGUUUAGUCUUUAAAGUAAUACAAGUCGCGCUCGACAAGUUAAAAACAACAUUAACGUGCUCCAGGAGUGUACGUAUUUACAGCAUGGCACUAACACUGUUUUCAGUGUAUUUCAACGUACUCUAAUGCACUAAAAACAGAUUGCAAGCCUAUGAUUAACUCAGAUUAUCUUAUUUAUUGUAACAUAAUCAUUAGGUAGAUAUCAGAAAAUGACAUCAGAAUAACAUGACGUCAUUUACAGAAACCCCAUAAAGAACUCAACCCCAUAAUUGUUUGCACUCUUGUAUGUCGGUGCUCGGGUGACAACAAGCAUACACCCGCUCUGUGCUUAUAAUGUGUUUAUGAUCCUGUAUAAUACCUUUUUAUGAGCCAAAUGUUGGCAGUUGGAUACCAUCUUUAACCAAUCAAAUUGCUUAGUCCAACCUUCCUGUUGUCUGUAGAGGAUAUUUGAAAUUCCACAGCUGUGAACUGUACUACUUCAACUCAUUUAUAUCAUUAAAGUGACCCUAAAAAUUGACAUAAAUAUUACAUUUGAAAUAUCUGUAAUGUCUUCUUUGUAUUAAGGCUUCAGAAGUAGCAGGUUGCCAUUGUUAGGGUUUAUUUUUGGUGUGCAUGUUAAAUUCAUGACAGAGUCCUUCUUUAAUGAUUUUUAAUACUUAACUCGUAUCAAACUUAAUGAACCUUUUUCUGUAAAUAAAUCUCUUGCUUUUAUUUACAAGUACGGCAGCUGAACAGUUAUAUUUUUCGUGUUUGCUUAAUCCGCCCUUGCUCGUAGCUGGUUUUGCAGCUUGGAUCUGGUGUCAUUGUGUUUGUUUAAAAUGUUUUGUUCUAGUUUGGACGUGUUUUAUGUUGAGUAUAACCCCUCCUUUUAAAAUACUGUCGUCUAUUUUUUGACUUUUUAUUCCUGUUUGUUAUCUUCGAGUUGUCCUCCUUUGAUUGUAGUUCUUCAACCAGUACCUAAACAUGUCCAAGUAAAAAAAAAUGAUUAUGAUCUUUGUUAUUUUUAAUCAUGCUAGUAAUAACAGCAACAUGAUUGAAAUUUGGCUUUCAAAAUAGAAUAUGCAGCGAACACUGUAGUUUAUCUCCUUGUUAUGAAGCUACUAGCAUGGUAAAACAUUGAGUUUAGAUCAAGUAGUAAGAAUCAACCGUUGUAUCAGACUGAAGUAGCUCUGAGAUUAACUCUGACUGAUCCAGCCACUCUCUCUGUACUCCCUCUAUCCAUAAUAUUGCCUUGUGUCUGUAACCUGAAAUACCUGCUGCAGAACAUCAGAAUGUGGUGAGAGCCAUCCUCAGUAAGAAUUCACCAGGAACAAGGUAUUUGCUGGAUAUGUUGAUGCAAGUCAAACUGUAAUACAUUGUGCUUCUGUGAAAUCUGAACUGAUUCGAGUCAAUGAUGGCGGGAAUGACUCAACAUGUGUCAAAAGUGCAUUUUGUCUAUUUAGUCAAACUUUAUUGAUUAGUUCAUGCAUGAUUCCUCAUGGUGGAUAUUCAUCCAUUCAUGUUUGUUGAGAUGAACACAUCCAUCCAUUUUUUUUUUAUCCUACCUGUGAUUGUUGCCUGAAUAAAGUGAAUCCCAGCUGGUUUUGA